UUAGAAAUAGAGCCAUGUUUCAUUUCUACUGUAUAUGAUUUUGAAUAAUUAUUUUGGAUAUAUUUUGAUUUUUGAAUAACUUGUUUUGAAUAACAAAACAAGAGCGACAAGCGGAGCAGCGGCUCCUCCGUCCGUCCUCAACCGCGCGAUCACGUCUUCAGAUCUCCCACCGCCUCCUGUUCUCAAGUGUUCAUCUUCUUCGUGGGUCAGUGCAUCCGAGCAGAGUGGAGACCCGAUCGCCGGACCUUUGGCCGUUCGCCACCAGGCAGCUCCCCCUCCCCAAGCUCCGCCCCUGAGUCGAUUGUGUGAUUUGUCUUCUGUCUUCUUUAAUCUCCAGUUCAGAAGGAAAUCCCCUCUUACAGUGAUCGGAUCAAGAAACCCUAGUUUGACAGGAAAAUGGAUGAGCUGACCUCUGCCCUGAACACCCACAUGGACCAAAUGGCAGAUCUCGUCGAGAAAUUUUCUGCCGAGCUUCGCUCUGGAUUAAAACCCGCCUACGAGAAUUUCAUGGGCUUCUUCCACGCCAUUCAUUGGACGGAACCUUGGUUAGUAGGGUUACUUUCCCUCCAUGGCGCUGUAUUGCUACUAACACUCUUCUCAAGGAAGAACAUCAAUUUUCAGAUGGUGUUAUUCCUUUUUGCUUUGGGAGGAGUUUACUUUGCAGAGAAUCUGAACAAAUUAUUGGCUGCAAACUGGAAAAGCUUUGCUAAACAGAAUUAUUUUGAUCCCCACGGCGUCUUUAUUUCAGCACUCUGGUCUGGGCCUCUUUUGGUCAUUGCAAUCAUAAUCUUGGUGAAUACACUAUUUUCUUUGUGCCAUAUGAUCGUUAAGUGGAAAAAGGCCGAGCUUAGACACCGUGCAAUUCUAGCUCGCCGCAAGGAGGAUUGAGACUAGCGCUCGUGAGAGGAGAGAGAGAGAGAGAGAGAGAAGACCAAAACACUUUCGUCGCACUACUCAUCUAAUAUUUGCAUUUCAUGAAUAGUUUUCGCUCAUUUUUUUCUCAUUUUGUUUUGUUUAUAUAAUACGGAGUAACAACUAUCUGCGGGAUGCCCCCUCAUUGAGAAGCAUGUAGUAUUGCUCUAGUAAUACUUUGAAGCAUACGUUUAUUUAUUACUCCUUCCGUCCGGCCGUCCCAAUUUAAAUUGCUUGUUUCGGUU